AUGAAAUUACCCGCUACCGCUUCGGGCUUGGGGAUCGCUAUCCCGGGCGUCAGCCGUCAAGACGAUUCACGAUUGCGUAACGGGAUCAACCGAAUCACCGCCUGGGCCUUUACCACCGUGUCACGUGACUACUAUCUGAAAUUCAUAACUCUGCCUUUUGGUUCCAUCCGCAUGUAUAUGUCACAGAAACGAGCUAUCCUCCUUAUUCGAGUAAUCGCAUCAGCAGGACACAAAUCAGCUCCUAGGCGACUCAAAUCUACAGAGGUGUCUAGUUUAUUGCAUAGCUCAUUAGGAGUCAAGCUUCCACCCCGAAAACCGAUCAUUUUAGCCGGCAAUAUCGGCCUAGCUUUUAAUGACCGCCUUGCUAGCCUCCGUGCAGAUAUUGACUCAGAGAAUUUUACUGGUGUUUGGAAGCAGUUCUCCGAUCUACGAGAUGCAGGUCAGGUCGAUCACCUUUCUCUGAGCGACUUGGAACAGGUUGACGAGGCCAUCGCUUCGACAAUAUACAGACCUGGCAUAUCGUCUAAAUGGUCCAAUGUGAAGAAUCCUCCACCCACUAUCCCCCACUUUGGCAAUGAAUCAGCGAUCCCGGCACCUAUGGAACAGAUAUAUGAAGUGGGAGUUUGGCUUGCUGUCCGCGGUCCGAUGUGUGUACUACGCGGGUGUAUGAUGCGUGCGCUCAAAGAUUCGAAGCCUGAAGUCGUUAUCGACUUGUGGCAGAAGUUUAUGACCAGUCGUACCCCAGCAGAAUCUUCUUACUAUCAUCCCGGCCGACCCGAGCUCUUGCAACUCACCAUAUGCGCCUAUGCCAUGCGGGAUGAUUUUCGUGGGGCGUUCGAUACUGUCUAUCCGACUCUCGUUCCACUCAAACCCGAAAUGGCUCGUGAUUUGCUGGAGCCUAUAAGGCAGAUACGAGAGGAUGUGGCGGCCAAGGCGAUACGUUACAUAAACGACUUGGAUUUACUCCGCCUGCUCGCCCGGCCGUGGUCUUUUCGCAACCAGUUGUUUAAUUUUGUCAAUUCUCUCAGCGCCGAAAAAUUCAAAACCACCUAUCAGGAGAUUCUAAGACUCCUGAAAGAACCUGACCCAUGGGUUGGGCUUAUAUCCGUAUCAUCCGGCCCGCCUCCAAUUUCCCCUGAACCGAAGAGUAAACCUAUCUUUUCUAUUUCACGCCAAACUUGGAUCGACCUUCUCGAAGGCGCUGGCACCCUAAGGCAGCCCGAGCUCAGGGAGACUAUCUGGAAAGACUUUCACUCUCUUGGAGGCACGCCUACUACAGGCAUGUGGAAUACCUUAUUGCUCGGAUAUCUACGAGAGGGGCAACUAGAAAUCGCAAAUAAGGUCUGGGGGGCGAUGGGAAAAGAUGGACACGACGCAUACACAUAUACAACAAUGAUGCGUGGUUUGUUCGAUCGACACCAUACAAAUGAUGCCAUGGCUUAUUAUGAAGAGAUGAAAAAGAAAAUUCCGCAAGCAGAAAUCACCAUCAGGUCUUACAACGUCGUUAUACAUGGGCUUUUUACUGGGGGACGUCCAGACGCUGCUCUCAAACUUGUUGCUGAUCUCGAAGCUGGCAGUGCUUUACCCACUCCUACCCAUCCUGUCCCUGACAUAACCACCUAUAACACAAUGUUGAGGUAUUAUUCCAGGCGUCGAGAGAUGGGCCCUUUAUCGAAGGUGCUGCAUAAUAUUGCCGACAGACAGCUCCGCCCCGAUGCAUACACACUCACCACCGUCUUGAACGCACUGCUUGCGGUAGGCGUACAAGACGCUCCGUCCAAAAUACUAGGAAUCAUGAAAGCUCUUCGUGUCCAGGUCAAUGAAGCGAUCGUUUCCGAGCUUAUUGAAGAUGUGGUCUACCGCGUGCCUGGUAGAGGUCCCAAGAAGAACAACCAGUUCUUUGAAUCUACACGCGCAGGGACUCGGAGCCCCCCCAAUCCAUCGACCGAUCAGGACGCUGAGUCAUCACCUCGAGACCGUCUGCAAACUGGCGUCAAGAUGUUGGUCGCAUUCGAAAAUGCCGGAGUUCCAACCAAUGUUGUUAACUACACAUCCCUCAUGGCUGCUUUCCAUCGAGCCGCCGGUGCAGGAACAGGGCCACAGUACAUAUCUCAUUCAGAAGCCCAGAAAGCAACUCAAGCUUUACGGUCGCGCAUGAAAAAGCGGAGAAUCCGCGAGAACCGUAUCACAUACAAUAUCCUGAUUGCGGCGUGUCUGGAGGGUGGAGACGUACCAAAAUCUAAAUGGAGAGAGUUGGCGCCCACACCUACAGCUGGAGUUGAUCGUCCUGCGGUUGAUUUGACAGUGUACCGCCGAAUGUCAAACAAGCGGUGCAGUGAUGCUCCUACCUUUAAACAUUCAUCCCUGGCUAGCACCCUCUGGGGCCAACCUGCCAAUACACGGGGCCCCGGCGAACUGCGCGAUUGGAUCACCCACGAGGCGACUUUCAGCGAACGAAAGAUAUUUGAUCAACUUGGUCCAACCAUCGGGGCAGGGGAAGGACUAGUAGUCGCAUCACCGUCGACUAGCCACCCGGAUUAUUUUUAUACAUGGACCCGGUAUGUUGCUGCUAUAGCGCCGUAUGACAUAGAUCUCAUGGUGUUGGUAGUGACUCGUGGAUUGGGUGAGCCAAAGUUAACGCUGAUGGAACACCUUUCGACGGGAGCUGGGGAAGGCCGCAGCGCGAUGGACCAGCCCUGCGGGCAAUCACACUCAUUCGAUUUGCCAACUACUUACUUGAUCGAUACCAGCGCCGGCGAUUCUGUUAUCAAGAACGAUUUGGAAUAUACCUCUCACAUGUGUUUCGAUACUUCUUAUGAUUUAUGGGAGGAAAAACAAGAUCUGCAUUUCUUUACUCUGGUAGCCUGCCGUAAGGCGUUGAGCUCUGGUGCGGCACUGGCCAACCGCUUGGGUGACUCGGGAGCAGCCGCCUGGUAUAAACAACAAUUCAACGUGAUGACCUCGCGGAUUCUUGACUCGGGCAUGUUCUAUUUCCCGGAUGGGUCUUAUCGUGCUUAUGCAAAUCCUCAAAAACUUGACCGUCGGGGAGUUGACAGCGCCGUAUUGCUUGCGAUCAUUGCUGCAGGAGAACCUGGAGACCCAAACUUUGGGCCAACAUCUCCUGCAGUUCUGGCGAGUGUGAAACGAGCAGUCAUUGGCAUUGCCCCUGUACCGACAGGGAGGUAUCCUGGUGAGCCUUCUGUUACGAUCAUGAUGGACAUCAAAGGUCUUAUUAUUUUACUCAUCAUGUCAGAGGAUAAAUGGGAUGGCUAUGAGACGGGAUCCAAUACCCUGGCAAUCCGUGGUACCUAUGCACGGUUGCUGUUCCACAUAAGCGUCCAGUUGAUUGACUGGGCCCUUGUAGAAUUCACGUUGGCUAGGAAUAUCACGGUGACAGAUGUAUCCUUGCCUUUCUUUAAGCAAUUCGCUUCUUCGGGAGAUGUUUUGGCCAAAGGGAGUCCCGUGUUCGAUUCAAUUGUCUUGGGGAUGCGCACCUGGUCAGAUGGGUUCUAUAAAAUUCUUCAGCAAUUUCAAGGGCCAGGCGGUAUACUAUACGAACAGUUUAACAGGACACUGGCGAACCACAAGGUGCAUCGAACCUCACGUGGUCAUUUGCAGCGUUCGCCAGUGCUGCUCGUGCCGUCAUAA